CACGCUCCCUGCCUCCCAGUCAGUGGCAGCUUUGCACGCUCAGCAAGUCGGUGGCGGCACAAAGCAAAGUCGCUCCAUUUGCCGCUUGCGCGCACACGCACACUUGCUCCAGUGACGACAGGUGAGGCGCGAAGAAAAAGCAAAAGCAAAAGAAAAAGCAAAAGCAAAAGCAAAAGGAGCCGAGCGAGAGCAGAAGAGCGCAUGCAAGAAGACUCAAUUUUUCUUUCAGCUCACCUGAGGACCGAGCUUUGCGCCGACCGAUGUGUGUGUCGCCAUGCUGUGGACGCUGCCGGUACUGCUGCUGUCUGUUCGCUUGGCCGUUGGUUGGAGCUCUUCCGGUGACGUCAUCGCUCCAGUCUUCAACAACGGUGGUGGUAUGCAGAGGUUGCCUGACGCCAUCAUCAUUGGCGUGCGAAAAGGAGGAACCAGAGCUCUUCUGGAGAUGCUCAACCUGCACCCCGAUGUAGAAGUGGCAAAGGCAGAGGUGCAUUACUUCAACGUGGAGGAUCACUACAAGCGAGGCCUUGCCUGGUACCGCUCCCAGAUGCCCUUCACCAGGACCGGCCAGUUGACGUUGGAGAAGACCCCCGGCUACUUUGCCGCGCCCCAGGUUCCGUCUCGGAUCCGGGCCAUGAACCCCGGCACUCGCCUGCUGUUGAUUGUGCGAGACCCGGCCGAGAGGCUGGUGUCCGACUACACGCAGGUCCUGCACAACCGUCUGGCCCGCCAAAAACCCUACCAACGUCUGGAGGAGCUUCUACUCCACGAGGGCCAGGUGGACGCCAGCUACAAGGCCCUCCAGAGGAGCCUCUACCACAGGCACCUGGCCCGUUGGCUGGAGGUCUUCUCCAGGGAACAGAUCCACGUGGUGGACGGCGACGCCCUGGUCCGCGACCCCUACCCCGAGCUGAGACGGGCUGAGCGCUUCCUGGGGCUACCGGCCCGCAUCGGCCCGGAGAACUUCCACUACAACAGCACCAAGGGGUUCUACUGCCUCCUGGAGGCCGGACGGGAAAAGUGCCUGGACCAGUCUAAAGGGCGGCCUCACGCGCCCCUUGGUGGACUCGCCUUCAGGAAGCUCUGCCAAUACUUGGCGGAGCCAAACCGCUUGUUCUUCAACAUGGUGGGCAGAACUUUCUCCUGGUGCUGAGGACACAAAGAAUCACCCACCUUCCACGCUGUGUGUCAUUGACCCAAAAAGAACAAGAUGAAGGAAGUGACUUAAUAACCAUGCUGGUGCCUCCAUGGAUAUUUAAAUAAAAAAUAAUAAUAACAAUUAGCAUUUUAUAAAAA